AUGGAAGACGUAGAGUUGUCCCUUUCACCUGAGGCGCUGAAAGCGCUUCUGGAAUUUCAACAAGAAGAGGAGGAGAGAGAAAAGAAGCUUAAAUCUCUUUACGCGGAUGCUGAGAAGAAGUUCGAAGAAGUCAAGGCGCAAGAAGGAAUGAGGGUAUUUAAAGAGGACUGGCAGCUAUCGCAGUUUUGGUAUGAUGAAGAAACUGCUAAUAAUCUAGCCCAAGCUUUACUCGAGGGUGCGAAUGAAAAUACAGUAAUUGCUAUUUUGAGUGCGCCAUCAGUUUACGUUGCCAUAUCCAAAAUGUCACCUUCUUGCGUUCCAACCAAGCACAUAUAUCUCUUCGAAUAUGACAAGAGAUUUGAGGUCUUAGCUGGCUCGGAACAUUUUUGCUUCUAUGAUUACACUAACCCUCUAGAGUUUCCAGCCUCACUAGAUGGCAAAGUGCAUAGGAUACUGAUCGACCCUCCCUUCUUGAAUAAACCUUGUCAAACAAAAUGUAAGUUACAACUGCAAGUUUUGCAUUUAACCUCAGUACUAACCUUCCAUCAAGUUGGCGUUACUGCGAACAAGCUGUUAGCUAAAGCAAACGAUUGCGGGGAGCAAGAGCGCCGCAUCAUGAUUAGCACAGGAGAGCGUAUGGCCGAAGUUGUUUCAGAGACGUACCCGGGUACUCGAAAGACAACUUUUACCCCGUCUCAUGCUAAUGGGUUGAGCAAUGAAUUUGAGUGCUAUGCUAAUUUCGAAUGGCGUGGAUGGAAAUUCAAGUAG